GCUGCUGAGUGUCAAACUCGCGUGAUUGUUUUGGCAGGAUGGCCGCCCCUCUCAGUGACAGCAAUCAGAGACCACUGCAGAAUGCCAUGAAGCUUGUAAAAGUGGCCAUUCAGCUGGACACCAGCAACAAACACAAGGAGGCAUACUGUGAAUACUUAAGAAGUAUCAACUACAUCUCCCAUGCUCUGCUUGAAGAGGCCGCGUCUACACUGGAAGGAGAGAUGGAGUCGGUGGAAUUAGAGAAGAUGGUGAAACUGGUUGAGCAAUGUUUGGAGAGGGUCAAAUCAUGUAUAAUAAGGAAGCAAGAGUCCCCUACACCUGCCACCUCCUCCACUUCUCUGUCCGAUCCCAAACAGACCACCAUUCCAGCUAUUAAUGCAUUAAGUGAUCUCGAAAUAUCAGAAAUUUCUAAUGAGCCGGGAUUGGUUUCUGUGACACAACAAAGUAAGCAACAGCCCACCAAACAUCGCAGAGUCCUCUCUGAGGGAGGGGUGGCAGGCUCCCCCUUUCUGCCACCUGAAGUCUUCCAAAAGUUUCAGACAGUUGAGUCACAAGACAACCGAAAGGAAUUAACGCCUAUUGAAGAAGCGUCACGUCUGAACCAGAAACUUAAGGCUAAUUAUGAAGCACGACUGGCAAGACUUACCCCUGGUCAGGCCACACAAAAAACCUCAUUGACUCUCUCACUUCAGAGGCAAAUGAUGGAGAAUCUUAUAAUAGCCAAAGCAAGACAAGAUGCACUUCAAAGGAAAAUGGAGGAGAGGAGACUUCGGCUGCAGGAAGAAGCCAACAGGCGGUUUGCAACCUGUGGGACCAUUACACCUGAGGAACAAGAGCAGCGAGUUCUGUAUGCAAGUGUGCUUGAAUAUGAGCAUGAUCAUGAAUGGCCAAAAAUUUGGAAGGCUAAACUGAAAAUGAAUCCAAAUGAUCCGACACUGGUUACAGGUCUUAUCUCCUGUCUUCUCAGCUACCCAGAUCACCCAGUCAUGAAGUUGCUGAAGAAGCUUCAGUAUCAUGUGUAUAGCAGACUGUAUCCCAUAGUGAGCCAGUGUGUUCCUCUGGACACAGUGCCUGGUUGCUCGCUACCCUUAAAGCCAUCCCGCAGCGCCCAGAGCCUGCUCCUGUUCGACAGUCAUAUCUCUUCACAGCAGCAGCAGAGCUCACUCAAAUCUGCUCUGACACACAGCUUAUCGGAUGCCUCUAUCUCCCUUUCACCAUCCCACGACCUCAACUUAAGCGACAUUAAAUCCGAAACUGAACUGCGCGAGUCAUCAUCUCUGGCCUCCACAGAUAGGGAGAACUCUUUUGAGGAUCUGGAGAAGUUUCUUACUCAGCUGGACUGGGUUCCUUCUCAAAGUGGAGAUGAUACAGACUCUGAUGUGACCUUUGGCACAACACACAUGGACCUAGAGUCUCACAUUCAUGAUCGUGAGGAGCGUGCUCUGAAGGGACAUUUGAAAACCAUCGUCAAAGAUAUUCACAAUGCUAUCGAUCGCCUGCUGUCUCUGUGUCUUCUGUCUUUUGAAUGUCUCAACACUGCCGUCUCUAAGGACCAAUGUGUGGCCAGCAUAGAGGAAGUCUUCUUCACCCCUAUUUGGCGCCCUCUAUUGGCACUCUUUAGGCGAGUGAAUCAUGAACGGGAGCUGGCUGUUGAGAACAGCAUGCGUCUUCAUCGUAAUGUUUCACCUGGUGACCUUGGUGUAGCAUCCAAAUUGUUCCCUAGAGACACCACUGCGAUGCAUGGUUCCUACCCAUAUGAGUCGGCAGUACAGGAGUUGAAGCUUUUGUGUAGAGACUAUUGUCCUCAAAAGAAACUUGAGUGUAUUGUGAGAACUUUAAGAAUUAUCUGUGGCUGUGCUGAAGAGUACCGCCUCCUGCAAGAAAAAGACCCUCAACCCAAAUCAGCAGCAAUAGGUGCCGAUGACCUAUUGCCCAUCCUGGCAUUUGUGGCAUUACGCAGUGAAAUGCCUCAGCUGGUGUCUGAAUGUGCGGCGUUGGAAGAGUUCAUCCAUGAGGGGUAUCUGAUUGGAGAGGAGGGGUACUGCCUGACAUCAAUGCAGAGCGCGCUGACCUAUGUCGAGUCAUUGUUCUUGGGUGGGGCUCCAACCACAUCUGCCAAAACCACCUGAGGUGCAGUAGCCAGUGGUUUUUGAUAGUCCUCAGGAGUUGCUUUAUCUCCUCAACUCAGCCUGUUUAGCCCCAAAUCAUGCCAGGGUUUAGUUCUGUUCGAAUCUUCCCCACCUGCCGCAUUGACGGGACUGGAGAAGGUUAUGCUGUGUUUGGGUGCUACAGGGCAGGUUCAUGUGGUUCAGGCCGAAUGUGGUUAGAAAUGAGAUCAGUUGUAGCCAAAGCAAAAAAACAAAAAACAAAAACAAAUAGUGCAUGGGAUGAAAUGAGCCAGAUGUUAAGAAGGGACUUGUGAAAGUGUUUUUUUAUUAUUAUAAUUAUUUCUAUAUAUUCUAAUCCCAUUGAAUUUUUAUUUUUGUUAAAAUGGUAUUCCCACAAACUUUUAUAAAAUAUAAAUGAUACUAAAGCGCUACUAACAUUUAUCAUUCUGUUACACCCUAUUUAUUAAACAUGUGCGACACUAAUACAGAGUUUUUGUUGUAUUUGAGCUCAGAAUUUUAGCCUGAGUAGGAAUAGUAAAAUAGGAAGGUAGAAAAAAAAAGAAUAGAGCAAAAUUGUCAAGUUUGGUCUUGCAGAUUUUUAUAUGCUGAGCUGUGCAUUUCUCUUGCAGGUAAACAAACCACUAAGCAGACAUGUUAAGCUGUACAGGUUUUAUAUAUUUUUUUUACAUAUAUAUCUUAAUUUGUUAUUUAAAUGCUUUUCACUAAUAGUCAAAGAAAUGAAAUCAAUGUGAAAAAAAGCUUGGAUGUGCAAGAAACACUAAUGCUGCUGGAAUAACUGUCUUCAGUCUGAUGUUACUGAUGUUGAGAUUUAAUAAGAAAUGGGUAUUGUGUGUGUGUGUGUGUGUGUGUGUGUGUACACAAAGGCAUAAAUAAAUAUAUUUAUAUGUUUUGUUUGAGCAGAGUUUUGUGUUUGUUGCUUAAGAUCUGUAAUGAAUGUGAAUGUAGCUUGAUUCUCUUUGUCUGUAGAGACCGUAACCAUGUAUUUUUUUACAAAGCCUUGUUAGAGUCUGUGUUUGAUCUUUUGGGAUUGGACAAUGCACAUGGGCAUGGUUUGAAAAUAUAUGGUAUGUAAAUUUUCUAACAAUAAAGACAUGUAAUUUA